AUGAAUGACGGAUCGUUUAGUUACGUACAUCUAUCCAAUCCAAACAUAGCUACAUACAUAGAGACAUGGCGCAAUGAGCCAUUGCCAUUUGAUGAUAUCGAACCACCACAAAUCAACACCACCAAGAAUAAUAUUGCCACCACCACAAGAAAUGGAAGAGAUUUGCCAUUACUGCUGAACAAUGACGAUGAAGAUCUACUUCAAGGUGCACAAGUCUUUGGCGCAGGAGUAGGUAGAGGACUGUGA